AUGACGCGUACAUUCUCAAACUCUGCGUAUAUCUGGCCUCUUUUAUUAUUCGUCCUCCUCGUCUACCUUCCACUUGCGAGUGCAGAUAUUCAAUACGCAGACUUUCAUAAGUGCUGUAAAAAGGCCCGAGAUCAGUUCUAUGACACUGGCAACUCCCAAAAUAAUAACACGUACACCUGUGGUGCCAGCUUCGAUGAUGGGAAAGACGCCGCCCUACCCAUAUAUGUCAGCCUGACCUGGUGUCGUGCAGAAUGCGGAGGAUUCCAACCGUCUCGUGUGUCGAAGAACCAUUUGAAUGAAAUAUUGAGCCCACUGGUCGGAUUCCUUAUCCCGGCCUUGGUGUUUAGUAUUUCUAUUCCCAGGGGCUGGCAGCUAAGAAUUCCCGAGAGGCUUUUCAAAGAGGAUUGGUUUACAGCGCGGGGAUCCAUGAAUCUUAUUCUCGCAAUGGUUAUUGUGAUGGUGGAGACACUCAGAUGGAUUACGGUUGUCUUUGUCUGUGCAGGACCAAUACUAGUGGGAGGGCUUUAUGAAAUGCUUUUAGACCAUAGACUCUUACGGGAAUUGGCACUAUUACAAGAGCCCGAAGGUGCUAGUACCAGGGUGGAUAGGGAGCUUCGGAGGAGGAGGAUACUGGUGGCUUUGUUGUUGGGAAAUUUGAAUAUCAAAGAAGGAAAACCAAAGGAGGGUGCGGAGCAAUUUAUUGUGAACGCAUCAGAGAUACAGGCAAAGGCAAGGUUACACUCGUUACUUGAAUCCCAGGGAUCCUUCGGAGCUAUUGUUGGAUCGCCGGUAAUUUUUUAUGUGGGAUCAUUCAUUUAUGCGCUAAUCGAUGCGCUGAAGAAUCUUGGAGACAAUGAUACCUCCCACGCCAUUGCACUCGGUAUUUGGUACUCAGUUUUUGUGAUAGUAGCAAUUGUUUGUGGAUGCCUACUAGGUUGCAAUAAUCCCGCUGCCCUCGAAGGCAUAGUCUCAAAAAUCGCUCCGCCAAAAAACCGUGGGGAUAGUGCAAGCGAAGUGUUUCUUUCGAGGUACAAGCCCGUAUCCAUCUGGGAUCGUGGUGUAAGUACCUACAAAUGGGCCAAAGCCAAUGGGUUGGAGGGAUACUUAGGGACCAACACAUCGAUAUAUCUUACAGGUCUCUCUGCAGCAAUCCUUAUGUCGGCUCCUUGCUGGCUUGCAUUUCUGGUUUCAUUCGAGACUCCAGAAAUUGGCCUUGGUUGCAGGAGUUUUAUGUUCUUUUUAUAUUGGGUCUCCCAAGUUGAGUUGAUUGGGAUUUUCGUUAUUAGGCAGACAAUAGGAAAAAGGCCCGGCUGGCCCAAGUGGGCGAAAAAAUUGAUAAAUAUUCUUCGAGGUUUCGCAUUCAUGUUAGCUUUUCUUUCCGGUGUUGGUGGAACGGUCAUGCAGCUUACCGGAGUUUUCCGGAACUGUAUAUGCAAAGCUGGAGUGAGAAGCUUUAUAAAUCCCAAUGGAAACUACACAGUCCAGUUAGCGACCGAUACAGAACUGGACCGGAAGAUGGCACGUAGCGUGUGGAUGUUAACUGGCGGGUGCAGUUUGGGCGUGCUGGUAUUACUGUGCCUUUAUGCGUGGUGGUACCAGACAAAUAUUAGGCAGAAAUGCUCUCAGUACAUCCAUAAUCUGUCAAGUCUACCACUUAUGGGUGAUAAAUUGAUGUUUUUCAAACUGAGAGCCUCUAUGGAGGAGCCACGAAGGCCAUACAGGGAAUUUAUUCAGGCGCCAGUUCCGAACGGAUUCCUCCAGCUGGGACCAGAAAGCUCUUGUGGCGAAUUUCAAAUUUGUCAAACAACCAACAGUGAUAUCGCAAGAAGGCACCUAGCUGUCACUGUCUCCGAUGACAGUAGGUUAUAUCUUCAUAUAGUUGAAAGAGAUAGCCCUCUUUUGACUGGAGCACUGGAAUUGACAUGGGAGACCACUCCUAAUAAAAAUCCUAGCGGAGACUUUGUGUGGCAGGGAAACAGAUUAGCUUGGCGUACUAUAGAUGAGAGCUAUUUGGACGGAUUUUUCAUUGGCUCAAGUAUAGGUGAAGCUGAUAGAGUAUAUUUGAAUGCGGUGGCAUAUGGAAUGGAUCCUAUUACACCGGUGCCAAUUCAAGAUGUCACUCAUUUCACUCUGCAUCGGGUCAAAAGUGCGAGAUGA